AAGUCAACGUCUGUGCAAAGUUGGUGAGAGAAACUUGUUUGUUUUAACGGAGGCAAAUUAAACCUGAGGGAGUAAGAAGGUCUGAGAGACAUGGAGCAAACCGAGCUGCUGAAGCCAGAGACGCUGGACGAGCUGAUCAAAGCCCUGCACGACAUCUUCGACAGUGACUACAUCAAUGUGGAGGAGGUCCAGGGUGUGAUGGAAUCUUAUGAGAGCAAACCCCAGGAGUGGAUGAAGUAUGCAAAGUUUGACCAGUACAGGUACACAAGGAACUUGGUGGAUGAGGGAAACGGGAAGUUUAAUCUCAUGAUUCUGUGCUGGGGUGAAGGACACGGCAGCAGCAUCCACGACCACACAGACUCCCACUGUUUCAUGAAGCUGCUGCAGGGUCAGCUGAAGGAGACGCUGUUCGAGUGGCCCGACUGUCAAUCUCACGGAGAUAUGGUGCAGAGGUCGCAGAGAAUUCUCCAGGAAAACAAGGUUGCUUACAUAAACGACUCCCUGGGCCUGCAUCGUGUGGAAAAUGUCAGCCACACUGAGAGUGCAGUCAGUUUGCACCUGUACAGUCCCCCUUUCCAGGCGUGCCAGACCUUUGACCAGCGGACAGGCCACAGGAACACUGUCAAGAUGACAUUCUGGAGCAAAUACGGAGAGAGGACUCCUUUUGGGACCACGGCCUCCCAAGAGAACAACUAACGGUCAGCGAAGGAGGCUCCGCAUGACGAAGACAGUUGCGUUUGAAAUGACAAUGUGAGAUGGAUCCAAGGGAAGUGAAAUGCAGAACCAACUAUGACUAAGCAGUUAAAAAUAAAAAAAAUAAAAAAGAUCCGGAGCGGACCGGUUCAAAAGGACAACCCGGUAAUUAGAAUGGCUUUAUCGCCGCCCAGUGUGAGCUUGGCAAAUACUGAUGAGCGCAGGAUGAAUGCAUGAAUAGGCUCGGACAUGGACUGAAUCUGCCUUUUGUUUGCCGGGCCUGAGGAGACCCUUUUCCAAUAACAACAUUCCUGUCUGCCCAUGACCUGUGCACCCACAUUUCUCUAAAGUUAUGGCCCAUAAUCGAAGAGUAGAGCGCAAGCAUUUAAAAAAAAAAACAACAACAACAUCAAAACUGGAAGAUAUUGCUGUUAUAGAGUUUCUCUUAAAAUGUCUCCACGUCAAGGAAAAAGGAACACACGCAUCUCGAUGGAGCACUUUUAUAUAACUGUGUUUAGUUUGUACCACUCUAAAUAGUCUUAACACCUGUUGAGCCUUGUGAUGAAAUGUAACCCUGUUUGUACAGUCUAAUUCAAGAGAAAGAAAGUGUUUGUUCCGUUUGCGUUUUUGGAUGAAGAAGUAUAAAGCUUCAGAGUUGUGUUGUUUUUAAAAGUGUGAUGCUUUUGUAAUUUAUUUACAGAGUACUCUGUCCGUGGAAGGAGUGUUUAAAUCAGCCAGCGACCGUGUUUCUCCUAAAUGUGUUUUGACCAAGAGAGAUUUUAGAGAGGGACUAUUUUUUGUUUUCUUUUUUGUUAUUGGCAGAUCAAAUGUGUUUAGAUUAAAACUCUUUUUCUUCUCUCUCAGGAUCUUGGCAUAUUUUGAUUGGAGCUGUAUUUGUGAAGUGUGUAGUUUUUACAGCAUAGCACCUCUCAUAGCUCUGUCAAACGCAUGCCUGCUUUCUGUGAUGCAGUAAAUGAUGAAUCUGGCCAUGACUGUAGACCAUUAAACACCAUUACCCUUUCACAGAA